AUGGCAGGUUGCCCUGCACAAGUGCUGCAGAUUGAGCCGAAGUGUGAACUGGUAUUUGAAGGUCCUUUCGUCGAUGUAGUAACUUCUUAUAUCAAAUUGACAAAUCCUUUGGACCGAGCCGUUGGGUUUAAGAUCAAGACAACAGUGCCGAAAUGUUAUUGUGUAAAACCAAGCAACGGAUAUAUAGAACCUCAUCAAACUGUAGAAGUUGCAGUAAUGCUCCAGCCGUUCAGUUACAAUGCCGCAGAAAAAUUUAAUCAUAAGUUCAUGAUUCAGUCUAUCAUUGCUCCUGAUGAUCCUCGUCCUGCCAUGGAGCAGUUGUGGAAGGAUGCACCUCUUAGCAAGCUCAUGGAUUCACGGCUCUUUUGUCUUUUGCGUUUGCCUGAUGAGCUUCAUGUUGAACCUAGCCGGGAUUUAGUCUUCGAAGGUCCUUUUGUGAGACCUGUUACAUCUAUUGUGAAACUGACCAACCCUUCUUCACAGUUCGUUUGCUUCAAGAUUAGCGCAUCGUCCCCAGAUCACUUUUUUGCCACCCCCAGUACAGGUGUUAUGUAUCCCCAUGAAAAUUUGGAGGUCUCAGUUGUGUUUCAUCCCGAUGAUUUCGACUUUACAGCAAAAAAUCGUGAGAGAAUGUUAAUUCAAUCUGCCGUUUCUGCGGAAGAAGCAGAUCCCAAAAAAGAUCAAACAGCUUUGAUUAAAGAAGGAAAGGUGACGGAUUAUUACCUAAAAUGUGUGUUCAAAAACACAGGCAUUGUGGAAAGGAUAGAAGCUAGCAAACAACAAACUGCGUCUUCUAAACCUGUACAUGAUACUGGUGCGACCCAGACGGAUAUCGAAAAGUUAAUGGCUGAAAUAUCUGCUCUUCGCCAAGAAAAUGCUGCACUGAAGGAAUCGGAUCUCCAUUUACGACGUACAGCAGCUAUCUCAGAUACAUGUCGAAUGCCUACCGAAUCCGGUGCUGGAUCAAUGCCUACCAGUGGAAGCCGUCAUCAUAAUCAAGCCAGAGCUGAUACUUUUAGUAACAUCCCACCGAUUUUAUAUUUAAUCACAGCUUUAAUCAUUGGUCUCUUUGUGGGUCGCUUUGUUCUGUAA